GAAGAAAAAGAUGAAAAUGAGAAUAAAGAAGACGAAAAUGUUGAGAAGAGUAAAGAAGACGAAAAUGUUGAGAAGAGUAAAGAAGAUGAAAAUGUUGAGAAGGGUAAAGAAGAUGAAAAUGUUGAGAAGAGUAAAGAGGAUGAAAAUGUUGAGAAGUAAAGAAGAUGAAAAUGUUGAGAAGAGUAAAGAGGAUGAAAAUGUUGAGAAGAGUAAAGAAGAUGAAAAUGUUGAGAGGGAAGAGAAGAUUGCUGGAGAAGAAAAUGAGGAUUGGAUUGCUGGAUACUGUAAAUGGUUUAAUUUUAACAAAGGUUGGGGAUUCCUAAACAUCUCAGAUUCUUCUGAAAAUGCAGGAGAGAAGAAGAAAGAAGAAAAUUAUGAACUAUGUGGAAGGAAAAAAAAUGAAACAAAAUUUGUCAGAAAAAAAAUGAAAAUUCGAAGUAAAUCUAGUCAAGCUAGUCAAGACAAGGAAGCUAUUCAGUCAAGCAAACCUAGUCAAACAAAUCAAGAAAGUCAAGAUGAUAAACCUUAUCAGUCAAGUGACCCCAGUCAGUUAACUCAAGCUAGUCAAAAUCGCAAAAUAUCAAAUAUAAACCCACUAGUGCUGAACACUUCACAAGAUUUAAAUUCUUCAACAGAUAUAUUUGUUCAUCAGUCCGUGAUAGCAGGAGCUGGAUGGAGAUGUUUAAAACCAGGAGAACAAGUAGAUUUCAAAAUAAGGAAAAGUGAAAGAGGUUGGGAAGCUACUGCUGUGCGUGGCUCAGAUGGAAUUGUUCUGGCAGGAAAGCGACCUUUACCAAAAGGAAGACGACUGCGUUGUUUUAACUGUGGAGAUGUGACGCGGCACUUAGCAGUUGAUUGUCCAAAGCCGCCAUUACCCAAACGAUGUCAUAAUUGCAAGUCUGAGUUUCAUCUGAUAGAAGACUGCCCUGCACUUCCUCAAGAUCAAAAGAUAAAGAAAAACACACACAUAUCAGAAGAAGAAGAAAAAGAAGAAGAAGAAGAAGGAAAAAAAGAAGGAGAUGAAGAAGAAGAAGAUAAAGGUCCAUAGGAAGGAGGUAUAUAAGUAAGGGAUAAAUGAAAAGGUAAAGAAGUAAAGGAUGAAUGAGAAGGUAAAGAAGUAAGGGAUAAAGGAGAAGGUAAAUAAGUAAGGAAUGAAUAAGAAGGUAAAGAAGUAAAGGAUGAAUAAGAAGGUAAAGAAGUAAGGGAUGAAUAAGAAGGUAUAGAAGAAAGGGAUUAAUGAUAAGGUAAAGAAGAAAGGGAUGAAUGAGAAGGUAAAGAAGUAAGGGAUGAAUGAGAAGGUA